AUGGCCAAACCACCUCUGAACACCCUUGGAGACCCGACGGGGGCUGACAUGAGGAUUUUGGAAUUCAUUAGCUUGGCUGUAGGGCUGGUUAGUAUCCGUGGGGUGGACUCUGGACUCUACCUUGGGAUGAAUGAGCGAGGCGAACUGUACGGAUCAAAGAAGCUCACAAGAGAAUGUGUCUUCCGUGAGCAGUUCGAAGAAAACUGGUACAAUACUUAUGCCUCGACUCUAUACAAGCACUCCGAUUCCGAGAGACAAUAUUAUGUUGCUUUGAACAAGGACGGCUCCCCCCGAGAAGGAUACAGGACUAAGAGACACCAGAAAUUCACUCAUUUUUUGCCGAGGCCUGUGGAGCCCGCUAAGAUCCCUGCCAUGUACAGAGACCACUUCCACUACAGGUGACCUCCUCUGCCGCUUGAGCAGGCAGUGCCGACCCUUUGGGCUCCCGCGGCUUCUGCUGGAGGGCUAUCGUGUAGUCAUUCCAUCCUUUCCCAAGUCUGGGUAACAGAUAGAGAAGCACUGCAAGGAAUCCCGAUAUUGCUCGUUCCUCAGUAUUCCCUUGUAAAAGAUCAAGGCCGAGCAUGUUUGUGUCAGGUGGGGGCAGGAGGAGGAGCUAUGCAGGCGAUAGUGCAGGUUUUCCGUGGCUUUAGUAACCGGAGAGCUCUGAAAAAGAAAACGUUCAAACGGAGAAAAGCACAUUUCUGAAACUAAAACCAGCAACGUGAUGAAGAUGAACGAAGGCCACAGAAAGGAGUAAUCUACUGUUCAUGUCUGAAUGGUUGCAUCUCGCAGGGCCUUUCCCGAUGGCCUCACGGGGGCGUCAUCUGUGCUACUUGGAUUUUGUUGGAGUGGCCAUAAUAGAUUGGCCAGGUUUUGCUAGUCUCCAGCUCACAGACCUCUGUGGUGGGAAAACAAGGGGCAGAGACCCCAGAGAAUCAAGGUGAAGCCUGGGAGAGAGUGGGCCUGGAUCCUAAGGGGCACGUGCGCAUGCGCGGGGGCCCGCGUACUCCCUGCUCUUGGGGGAGUAGGGGCAGGAGAGGGUGGGUCAGGGAACAAACGUUCUUGAAAUGUAAACAUACUUUUCAUAAGGACAAAUUUAUUUAUAAAGUGUAUAUGGUAUUUAUUUUAUAUAUUUAUUUAUUUCCAAAAAAAAGU